AUUUCCUAUGCAGUGGCUGUUGGACCACUUCCUAUGUGUCAGCCUCAGCUUAAUUAUGACACUCAAACUAAAACCUUGUGAUGCUGCACAGAGUCUCUGAACUAUGUUUUGAUGAGCUGUGAUGAUGGUGUGACUGGAGAAGGAGUCUUUGAUUUGCUUCACUCUGCCUUCGUUUAUGCAAAGACAUGACUUCAUCGCCUCGAAACGCGUUCAUUUGUGUAUUUUUUCUGACUUACUGGAACGCCUGCAUUUUCCCAGGAAAUGCUGCAGCACAUCGGCGUCGAUCCUGGCUGGGAUGUCGAGUUCUGAUACACUGUCAGGGUCACAGUGCUGACUCAGGCUCUUUCAAAUGGUUUUACAAGGAGAAUGAGCACAGUAAGGAAAUCCAGCUAUUCUUUCAGAAUAAGAAUGGAGUAAAACUCUACGAUGCCAAUCGUCCAAAAGCAGACGUUACGGCAAAUCGGUCUCUGGUUAUAAACAAUUUUACUGAUAAAGAUCAGGGCGACUACUGGUGUGAAAACUGCCCUCAAGAAACCUGCAGCAGGGAACCGUCCAGCUUCAUCACUAUACAGAAAGAAAUUAUGGAUGAAAUUCAAGAGACAUUUUACAUCCUUCACGGCAGCAGUUUCACCCGCUCAUGCCCAGGUGAACUUCUUAACUUAAAAUGGACAUUUGAAGCCAGUAAUGCAACCCAAAGGGAAUUAGAACUAGGAUCAGAAAUGGUUACUCUUACUACCAACAAGACCUUAUAUGUUGGAUCUGUCAAAAAUACUAAUGCUGGGAAAUACACCUGCUGGGUGAAUAGAUGUGGUGGUCCGAAUCAGAAACAGCUCACAAUCAACUUAUGCGUCGUCACAGUUUCCCGCAAAGGGCAUUCUAUUUUUUCUUGUGCUGCGACAUGCGAUGUGGGAUUAAAUGAUCUAAAAAACAUUUCAAGUCUUCUGAUGAGCAAACAAACAAUAUCAGUGGACAUAGAUCCAUCUGGGUCCUUAAUCUGUAACUCAACUGAGCUCUUGGAUGUUCAGCCUACAACAACUACAAACAGCUACACAGUGUCAGCUGCUUUAAACACAACUAUGGGUGUUUUUGAGAUGACUGAAUCUUUGAUGCCAAUUAUUUAUGGAGUAGUAGCUGCCUUUACCUUUUUUAUUUUACUUGCAAUUUUAACUUUCUGUUUGAAAUCAAGAGUACAUAAUGCAUUUCCUUUUCAUCUUUCAUGUUGUGGCUUCACUCGGGAGGCAGAAGAGGAGCCCACAGUAAUUUAUUCAUCUGUCAUCAUCAAGACACCGGCAAAAGCAAGAAGUCAACACACAGAUCCUGAAAGCUGUAUUUACAGCGAAUUAAAGUGUAGAGGAAAUACCAUUUAGUGUUGAUAGAAAUCAACACUAAAUGGAAUUUUUGGUGAUCAUUAUUUCCACACUGUCAGUAGAUUUUGUGAUUGAUUCCACGUCAGUGACUUGUGUUUCAUGACACUUUGAAAACAUUCACUCACCCACAGGGAGUUUUUCAUCCAAACUACUGAAGAAAGAUGAUGGAAUCUAUUUAUGAUUUUACAAUUAUCUUGAAUCAAGAAAACUUAAGCUGCUCUGUUUAGCUCAGUGGUUCUUAACCUUUUUUGAGGUACCGAACCCACCAGUU